AUGACAGAUCACCAACACCACCACGACAUCCUCAUCACCGGCGCCGGCCUCAGCGGCCUCAGCGCCGCCCACACAUUCCUCACCAUCGACCCGUCCCUCUCCCUCCUGAUCCUCGACUCGAAACCCAGCCUCGGCGGCGUGUGGUCCACUGAGCAAAUCUACCCGGGCCUGCGCACGAACAGCGUAGAGCGAUUCUUCGAGUUCUCCGAUUAUCCGAUUUUGAAAGCUGGCGUGGGCGUGAAGCCGCGGUGCCAUAUUGAGGGAUGGCAGAUGCGGGAUUAUUUGGAGGGGUUUGCGGAGAGGUUUGGGAUUCGGGGGUUUGUGAGGUUUGGGGUGGAUGUUGUGCGCGCUGUGGAAGUUGAGGGUGGGGAUGGGGGUUGGGAGGUUGAAACACGGAGUGGCGAGGAGCGGAGGAGGAGUUGCAUGAGGUGUAAGAAACUCGUGCUGGCGACGGGGACUCACUCUGCGCCAUACAAGCCUCCUAUCGAGGGAUUAUCCUCUUUCGCGGGAGCAGUCGUCCACACGCACGACCUCGGCCGAACAGCCCGUUCACUCAUCGACAACACCAGCAUCCAGAACGUCACCGUCAUCGGCGCCGCCAAAUCCGCCCACGACGCCGUGUACAUGUUCGCUCGAGCUGGCAAACACAUCGACUGGAUUCUCCCCAGCCGCGGCGCAGUCCCCAUGGCGAAGCCGUCUUCGAAGCUGGGCUUCUGGACCAUCUUCGUCGAAGCGGUGCUCAUGUUUCGGCCCAUAACGUGGUUUGGGCCGGCGCCGUGGAGUGAUGGUGAUGGGUUUGGCUGGAUUCGAAGGUUCCUGCACGGGACUCGACUGGGGAAUCUACUGGUGGGGGCUUAUUGGAAGGCUUUGCAUGAACAGUCGCUGCGGGAGUCGGGGAUUUGGGAGAGCGAGAAGGUUCGGGGGUUGGUGCCGAGUGAGACGCCUAUGUUUUAUGGGACGCAGUUGAGUGCGCUCAAUUAUGAGACGAAUUUUUAUCAUCUUUUCUUGGAUGAGAGUGUCUCACUGGUCGAGGGGCGGCUCGACUUUGUGAGCAACGGUCAGGUCCAUAUGGAGAACGGCGUCGUUCUAGACAGCGACGCUAUGAUCCUCGCGACUGGGUACGAACCCAACGCGUGUAUCCCAUUGGAGCCGGCAUCCCAGAACCUCAGCCGAGGGUGUCCCGUUGAUCGGUCCAAAUACCCGGGCACCAUCUACCCAGAUCUGGACACGGCAUCAGACAAGCAGAUCCUGCAGGACUUCCCACUGCUGGCCCACUCCCCAUCCAAGCCCGACCGUUCGCCGUCCUUCACAUCCUGGCGACUGUGGCGCUUCCUCGCACCCCCCUCACAAAUCAACCAGGGCUCCCGCGGCCGAAACCUCGUCUUCUCCAACGCCAUCGCCUCCUUCCAAAGCUGCAUCAAAUGCGAACUCACCUCCCUCUGGGCCUACGCAUACCUCUUCGAUCGUCUCACCGUCCCCACUCCCACAGAGAUUGACGCGAGGCGUGAAAUCUCGCUGUGGACCCGCUUCAAUAGACUUCGGGCGUCGCUGGGUAUGCAGGGCAAGCAGGCGGAUUUGUUGCUUGAUGGCUUGCCCUAUUAUGAUAUCUUGUUGAGAGAUCUGGGGCUGAGGAGUUGGAGGAAGGGACGGGGAUGGAUUGGGGAGGUUUUCUGGGGGGCGUACACGGCGAGAGAUUAUCGAGGUGUUGUGCAGGAGUGGAUGGCGAUGCACUGUGAUGGGGAUAAGGCAGGGAGGACGAAGAUGUUGUAG